AGGUAAGACAAAAAUGGUGGGUUUUUCUGCCUCAGUGUCAUCCAGCAGCUCAUCUUGGAACAGUGGAACGCUGGUAUUUCCUACCGUCAUCACCAAUGAAGGAAAUGGAUACAACCCAAGUACCGGAAUAUUUACUGCUCCUGUCGGUGGAACGUACGUCUUCUUCGUGAAUGUUCAAAGUUAUGAAAGGCAAUAUAUUUAUGUAGACAUUAUGUUGAAUGGAUCAACAAAAGUCAGAACUAUGGCUUAUAGUUAUAGUAGCAGUCUUGAUUAUUACGACGCGGGUCCCAAUCUGGUUGUGCUAUCUAUCCAGAAGGGAGACAGGGUGUGGAUCAAACGUUACUCUGGGUCUGGCUAUUACAACGACGGUCCUAUGACUACUUUCUCCGGUUUUCUCAUACACAUGUAAUGUUAGUCUGAAAAAGAUCUUUGUGCAUACUAUGAACAUUGACGGUGCAUGACUGUCCAAAUGAAUAAUCUUUGUCGCAGUUUGACAGUUAGAAUAUUUUAAUAACCUACAUGAUUCGGCUGACAAUUCAUUUAAUAUUUUACUGCUUUAUCUGGAAAUUGAAGAAUCUAUGCAAAAAAUAUAUUUUGUUAAAAGUAAAGAAAAAGGUUUUUAAAUUCAUUUUUAGGAUAUCUUCAGAAGGAAUUGGAUAAAGAUGAUCAGUUCAGAGAUCAAUGUUUUAAAAUACCGGGUAUUACAUCAAAUGAAAAAUAAAUAGAUAAAAAUCAAGCAGAAGUUUCUUUAGAAGACAAAUUAGUGUUUUUAUCGCUUUUAAAACAAGCAUGUAAACAUUUUAUGCAACGUAUUUUAAAUUUCAUAUCCUGCCACCAAUUUUUUCUAUUGUGGAAUAUACUUUUUGUACAUAUUUUGGAGAUUUUAUCUUUUUUUAUGUUUAAAUACUGUUAUCAGCGACAUUGUACGCUAUUUUUCGGCCUAAGAAAUUUCUUUUUUUUUUUGCUUGUUAUUUUUAAAGUUGAUAAUUAUUAAACCUAUCAAUUUCUAUUUUCUGAAUUAAUAUACAGUUGUAAAACUAUUCGAGAAUUACAGUGUAUCUUUUGUAUGCUUUUUCUUUUUUUUUUUAGUAAAAUAGCCCUUGAGAGCUAAACUUAUUUGUAUACUUGCUUGCAAUAAAGAUUUUUUAAAA